UGGGGGGCGGGGAAGAUGUCUGAGCGGAGAAGGGGAGGCGGAGGCCGGGGCGAGCCCGCUGCCGCCUCCGGGGCGGCGGGGGCGGAGAUGCCCGCCAAGAAGCAGAAGCUGAGCAGCGACGAGAACAGCAACCCCGGGGACCUGUCCGGGGACGAGAACGAUGAUGCUGUUAGUAUAGAGAGCGGUACUAACACGGAACGCCCUGACACACCCACAAACACUCCCAAUGCUCCAGGAAGGAAAAGCUGGGGGAAAGGAAAAUGGAAGUCGAAGAAAUGCAAAUAUUCCUUCAAGUGUGUCAACAGUCUCAAGGAAGACCACAGUCAGCCGCUGUUUGGAGUUCAGUUCAAUUGGCACAGCAAGGAAGGUGACCCUCUCGUGUUUGCCACGGUUGGCAGCAACAGAGUUACAUUAUAUGAAUGUCAUUCCCAAGGAGAAAUCCGGUUGCUGCAGUCUUACGUAGAUGCUGAUGCAGAUGAAAACUUUUAUACUUGUGCAUGGACCUAUGAUAGCAACACGAGCCAUCCGCUGCUGUCUGUGGCUGGCUCCAGAGGCAUCAUUAGGAUAAUUAAUCCUAUAACGAUGCAGUGCAUAAAGCACUAUGUGGGCCACGGAAAUGCGAUCAACGAACUGAAAUUUCACCCGAGGGACCCAAAUCUUCUUCUGUCUGUAAGCAAAGAUCACGCAUUGCGACUGUGGAACAUCCAGACUGAUACGCUGGUGGCAAUAUUUGGAGGAGUAGAAGGGCACCGGGAUGAAGUUUUGAGCGCAGAUUAUGAUCUCCUUGGUGAGAAAAUCAUGUCUUGCGGAAUGGACCACUCCCUAAAACUCUGGCGAAUCAAUUCAAGGAGAAUGAUGAAUGCCAUCAAGGAAUCCUAUGAGUACAACCCCAAUAAAACCAACAGGCCGUUUGUGUCACAAAAAAUUCACUUUCCUGACUUCUCUACCAGAGACAUACAUAGGAAUUAUGUAGACUGCGUACGAUGGUUAGGGGAUCUGAUACUUUCCAAGUCCUGUGAAAAUGCCAUUGUGUGUUGGAAGCCCGGCAAAAUGGAAGACAAUAUCGAUAAAAUUAAGCCCAGUGAAUCUAAUGUGACUAUUUUAGGCCGAUUUGAUUACAGUCAGUGUGAUAUUUGGUAUAUGAGGUUUUCGAUGGACUUCUGGCAAAAGAUGUUGGCAUUGGGCAAUCAAGUUGGCAAACUCUACGUUUGGGACUUAGAAAUAGAAGAUCCUCAUAAGGCCAAGUGUACAACUCUUACUCAUGCCAAGUGUGCUGCUGCAAUCCGACAAACCAGCUUCAGCAGAGACAGCAGUAUCCUUAUAGCCGUGUGCGACGACGCCAGUAUCUGGCGCUGGGACAGGCUGCGGUGACCGUCUUCGAACUUCAAAGUACAGAACGCGUCUCUAUAUAUAUCUAUAU